AUGGCAACCACUAGCAAUGCCGACGAAUCUUCUACAACACCGUUCACCCGAAACAAUUCGCGCACAGGAAGUUUGCGUCGGUUUGUCAGAAGUAGCUUCCGAAGGACACGAAAGAUUUUUGGAAUUGAGAGGAACUCGAAUUGCACACCACCAUCAAAUCCAGUGGUUCUGGAAAAUGUUGAAGAGGUCGAACUUGAAACUACAACUCUUAACCGGAAUGAUGUCCUUCGUGUGACCGUCACUACUGUACGAAAACCGAUAAUCCCUCCAAGUGACGUUGAUGAUAAGAUAUUCCCGAAAAUUCGACCAGUACAAACUCCUGCGAGUUGCCAAUUGGUGAGAUAUUUUCCAAAAGAAGGAAGAUCCCAUGAUUACAAAUGCACACUCAACAGCUUUGAACGGAAAAGAAGAUCACAUCAAGUGUUCGGAUUAGACCAUCACGCCAAGGAACAAUUAUUUUGCCCGUUGCAAGCGUCCCAAAUCGAAUUCGCGUUCAAAUCCGUCACGAAAAUUGAUGUCAUCGUCAAGAUUCAAGCUCCUAAUGGAGAGACAAGUGGAUAUAUAAAUCCAAAAACUCAUGAUUACACAAGCUUCACGCCAUCCAAUAUCGGUUGUGGGCAUGGAAUGUGGCUUGUGCACAUUGCGGCAAGAAAAGGCUGCAAAUUUCACCACGAAUACACCAAGCAAAUUAGUCUAGUUGGCCAAGGUGUUCUCUUUUUCGAAAUUGACAGCCACUUGCAAUUGCGCGAAGUCGAACGACUUUGGCUCGACUGUCUCAACUGA